GAAGGUGUCCAUGAAGUCUGGUGGAACAAAGAAUAAAAAAAGGUCUCAGCCACAAUCCGAACUCCUGUGUCCGGUGUCUCCUUCCCUCCGCUCGCUCCUCGACAAAUAAACAACAAUUAAUAAACACAACGCAGAGUCCAGGGGAGGUGAAGAGGGUCUGGCAGCGGACGCGCCAGAGGCAGCGGGUUACAUCUUUGGUGCCGUGACCCGGAUUGUGACGCUCCGAGACCAAAGACUGAGAGCAACUGAAACGGACAGCGCCCUACAUCCCAAACAACGCUGGAUGCCCGGGCUGCAUCUUCAUCAGUGAGCGGACGGUGUGCCCAGUUUCAGCUCUUCCUGAUAAACUGUGUGAAGAAUACGGCUGGGCAUAAGGGACAGUUGCUUACUGUUGCAUGCCUGCUUCUGGAGAGUGCAGUGGAAGAACGUCCACCUUCACCAGCGUAUCCUUCCAAACAUUGAGUGGGACAUUAAAGUGUGUGAUUUUUGUGUAAAAAAAAAAAAAAAAAAAAAAAAAAAAAAUGCUUUGAAAGAAAUUUCAUUUAGUAACAAUAUUAUGAAGUGGUAGUGCUAGUGGUUAAUUGCUAUUCUUGACAUUUUAGAAGUUUGUGUACAAGGUUGUGUUAAAAUUUGAUAAUAGUGUUGCACAUACUUCAUGACACGUUAUCAUACAAGACAUAAUAAUCUCACGUACAACAUUUACAUUCUGAGGUAGCCUUGCAGUAUACAGAUUCAGCCCCAGCUAGUGAGACAAAAUGUGGAGUGACUAUGCAGAUUCCCCAUUAAGGCUGGAGGCAACCUCUGCUGUGGCCUCAGACAUUAAAUCCUCCCAUGGUCCUGCAACAAGCCCCCACCAUGGAACCCAAAUCCACCCUUUGAGUGAUGGGGCCAUGGCGGACCCUGGCAUGGUGAGCCCACAGCACCACGUAAGAGACCCUCACACCCACGGGCACCCGCCAAGGCCUGAAGUAAGCACACAGCUGACCCCACUACCCCCAGUGCUGUCCCCUUACUGGAUUAAUCCUGCCAAAGCACCCACCUGGCGAGGCUUUGAACCUACAAUGCAGGCUCCCUUGCCCAGGUUUGACGUCACACCAGCUGCAGGACUAAGACAUCAGACCAAUCGGUCAGAUUACAAUUUGCCAAGUGUCAUGUCUUCAGUGGAUGCUCCUGUGCCCCAGCCAGCAGUGCAGACGGUUACUGGCCCUGCUAACCCACCUCUAGCUGAUCCCUAUGGGUCCCAAGCCUCCUUACCUCUUCACAGCCCCCCACAUCCCACCCAACCAGAAAUGCAAAUGGUGCCACAGCCCUCCGUGAAACACCCAGCUGCCGUUCAGCACCUCACCCAGCCCUUUAAACCUGGUUCUCAAGGUUACACUGGCUAUGCACACUCUACUCCUGCCCCCCAGGUGCAUACAGCACCAGGCCCUGUGCACUACCCUCAAGAUCCUGUAUCCCCCAUUCCGGCGCCUGCCACCGGUGCAUGGGAUCCAAACACAACAAUGCCCAGCCCUCUGAAUAUGGUAAAUGCAGCUUCUAGCCACACAGCUCCUCUUCAGGCCCCCGCCUCAGUGCAACUACAGACACCGACAGUCAACCCGCAUGCCAUCAUGUAUCCUGGCGCUUUCUCACAUGCCAUGCCCCAGCCUCAACCCACGAACCCACUCAUGCACUCAUACCCGUCUGGCCCACCUCCAAGGACUCCUGCCAUAACCACAGCUAACCCUGGCGUCUCACAGAUGACCUAUGGCGGGUUCAUGCAGACUCAUCAGGUAAAGAAUGUCCAAGUAUUCACAGGUAACGCGGAUAGCAAGAUACUUGUCGAUGAUUGGACACGUGAUAUGCAGUAUCUUCUGGAGGCAAUAGAGUUGCCCACACAUCUCCGCUUCUCUACUGUGGUGCGACACUUGAGUGGUGAGGCCAGGAAACUGGUCCUGAACCUUCCCCCCCAUGAACAGACCCCAGAGAAGACAUUCGAGGAAUUAAGAGCAGAGUAUGGUGACACGCAGGGCUCCUUGGAUCCACUGGCCGACUUCUAUGAGUGCAGCCAGCGGCCAGGGGAGUCUGCCUGCUCUUAUGCUAUUGUGCUGGAGUCUACAUUGCGGGCUGUGGAGGAGAACCAAAGAGGAGGCAGGCCCUUUCCUGAUCGUGAUAGUAAACUCACCCGGCAGUUUCUGAGAGGGCUUAAUGAUGAAGAGGUAUAUGCAAGGAUUGUACCAAUGAAACCCAGGCUCUUCAGCUUCAGAGAGCUGCAGGUUGAACUGCGAAAUCUAGCAAGAGAAACUAAAAAGUUCCAGUCACAACACAAAUCAAAGAAAACAUAUGCACAAGUGCAUGUUGCAUCUGAGAGUAGUGCACUCGUGAAGACGGAGAGAACAAAACAUGCCUCAGAGUUAUCAGAGCUGACGGAGAUGGUCCGAAAGUUAACCCUGAGUCAACAGGAACACAUGGCUAAGUUGUCUCACCUUGAAGCAAGAAUCACUGCUCCAGUCCCCAUCCCUCCCCCAAGACCCCAGCCACCUCCAGUGAAUCCCAUCCCCAGUGCAAGUGUCACAUGCUACCGGUGUGGGAAGCAGGGACAUAUAGCCCGUGUCUGCAGAGAAGUCUUUCCCAAUCCCAACCCAGCAUGGGCUCAACAACCUCAACCAGUGAGCCCUGCAGAGGUGAACACGCCUGGGUCAUCUCGGCCUUUAAAACGCCUAGAGCCCAUGGUAGCCGGGGAAACCAUGGGCGGGCAGCAAGGUCCCCUAUUGCAGAAAGAAGAGACCAGUGAUGGAGUAAAGGGCCCUCCCUUGGUGGGUCCCAGGAACGAGGGAGAGGUGGAAGUCAAUGGAAUAAAGUGCAGGGCCCUCAUCGACUCUGGCUCCCAAGUAACAACUGUUACUGACACAUACUGGCGUAACCACCCCAUCCUUCGAGAGCAAAAGCUGCAGUCCUCUAAAGUACCCAUAGAAGGCGCUGGAGGCCAGAAAGUGCUUCAUCGAGGUGUCCUGUGCAUCGAAUUGAAGGUAAUGGGAAAAGAGUACAAGACUGUACCAGCUUUUGUCGUUCCAGAUUCUGAAUAUCGCUCCACAGUCCCUCUGCUUGUAGGGACCAAUGUCACUCGUGCUGUCAAAAGCCAUCUCCAAGCAACCUAUGGCCAGCAGUUUCUCCACCAAGUCAAAGAAAGCCAUCCAGAGUGGUACACAGCUCUACUGGAGGUUGGAGACACCAAACAGAGUGAAGGCGAUGACACAGUGGGCCCUGUUGUGUACACCGGCCGGAAGAUCUGCAUUCCUGGAGGGAAAGAGAUGGACUUAAUGUGCAAGAUUAAAGCAGGCCCACAGAGGAAGACUUACACAGCCCUGAUUGAAGGCCACCCAUCCCUGCAGCUCCCUCAAGAUCUUUUGGUUGCAAAAGUGCUUGCUGAUGUGAAAAGAGGCUGUGCCCCAGUCAGAGUAAUGAACCUGUCCCAGCGUGCUAUUAUAAUCAAACCGCAUACACAACUAGCCAAUGCUUUCCUGGUGGACAAUGUUGUGGAGUUUCCUGAUAAAAAGCAGGGGGACGGGGAAAGUGAAGGGGACAAUGGAGCCUGUCUGAGCUUCGAUCAGGUGGUGGCGGGCUGUGCGGUGGAUCUUAGUGAAGCGGCGGUGGAGAACGAACACCAGCGCUCCCUCCUUAGGGAGCUGGUGGAGAAGAAUGCAGGUGUGUUCUCACAGAAUCCCACAGACUAUGGCCACACAAAGACUGUGCAGCAUGAAAUCCCUCUGGUUGACUCUAAGCCCUUUCGGCUUCCAUAUCGCAAGAUCCCCCCCUCCCAGUGGCAGGAUGUCAGACGAUUGUUGAGUGAGAUGGUGGAUGCAGGAGUCAUCCGGCCUAGUAAGAGCCCAUAUGCAUCACCCGUAGUGAUCGUAACUAAGAAAGAUGGGUCACUGAGGCUGUGCAUCGAUUAUAGGAAGCUCAACUCCUGCGGCACAAGAGACGCUUUCCCUCUGCCACGGAUAGAGGAGGCCCUGGAGGCUCUGGGUCAAGCAAAGUACUUCUCCACUCUCGACCUCACAUCUGGUUAUUGGCAGGUGGAAGUAGCGGAGCAGGACAGGCACAAGACGGCGUUCAGUACUCCCAUGGGGCUGUUUGAGGCUAACAGAAUGCCGUUUGGGCUACAGAACGCUCCGUCCACCUUCCAGAGACUCAUGACCUGCUGCUUUGGUGAUCUCAACUUCACUCAUCUCCUGAUUUAUCUCGAUGACCUCAUUAUAUUCUCCAAAACCUUUGAUGAGCAUCUGGAGAGAUUGCAGCUGGUGUUUGAUCGGCUUCGAGAGCAUGGCUUGAAGUUAAAGCCCUCCAAGUGCUGGCUGGUGAGGGAAGAGGUGCAGUAUUUGGGUCACUUGGUGUCUGCAGAGGGCGUCAGGACAGACCCGGAGAAGAUCAGCAGGGUCAAGGAGUGGGCGCGGCCUACCAACCGGAGAGAAGUGUUGCAGUUUUUGGGAUUUGCUGGAUACUACAGACGGUAUGUGCAGGGCUACUCCGCCUUAGCUGCUCCCUUGUACCGUCUCACCUCUGGUGACCCCAGGAAGAAAAAGAGAGGUGGAAAGAGAAGUGUGGAUCCUGACCCACCCUUCCUGUGGACUAAUGAGUGUGAGGAGGCAUUUCAGUCCCUAAAAAGAAAGCUGAUGACUGCUCCCGUACUGGGCUACCCAGACUACAGCCUGCCGUUUCUCCUUCAGACUGACGCCUCUGGGGGUGGGCUUGGCGCUGUUUUGGCACAGGUGCAGGAUGGAGCUGAGAGGGUCAUAGCCUACGCCAGCAGAGGUUUGAGCCCGGCAGAGACGAGGUAUCCUGCACACAAACUCGAGUUCCUCGCUCUAAAGUGGGCGGUGACAGAUAAGUUCUAUGACCAUCUCUACGGACGCAAGUUCUCUGUUCAGACAGACAACAACCCCCUUAAGUAUGUGAUGACCUCAGCGAAGCUGGAUGCUACGGGCCAGCGGUGGGUGUCGCGGCUGUCUGCAUUCGACUUCGACAUCCAAUACAGACGGGGGCAGAGUAACUCAAAUGCCGAUGCUCUCUCUCGUUUGUCCACUCAGGAAGUAACCCAGGUCCUACAAACUUGCCCCCAGCGGGUGACCAGCGAGCAGUGGGAGACACAAACCAUGCCAGAACCAGAAAGCCCUCCAGGUGAGGGUGCUGCUGCCUCCACAGAGCCUGUACCCAGCCAACUCCCAGAAGCAAGUGAGCCCUAUGGGGACGUGGGGACAGAGUCACUCCCUGCCAUGACAAGGCAGGAGAUCCGCACAGCGCAGAAGGGAGACCCUGUGAUUGGCCCAGUCUUGCACUUCAGGAGCCGGAACCAAAAACCAUGCCGCAGCGAGAGGGUCGGAGGGGGUGAGCAAGUGUGCCUUCUCUUAAAGGAGUGGAGGAGGCUAACGGUAAAGGAUGGAAUCAUGUACCGCUGCAUUCAAGACUGUCAGAGAGGGGCAGUGGAGCAGCUUCUGCUCCCAGAGAAUCUCCGCACAGCAGUCAAGACUGCUCUUCAUGAUGACUCAGGGCACUUGGGAUUUGAGAGGACAUUGCAGAUGAUAAGAGAAAGAUUUUACUGGCCAAGAAUGUUCCAGGAAAUCAAGGCGUGGUGUGAACAGUGUGAGAGAUGCUGUCUCAGAAAGACUCCUACUGCAAAUCUCAGAGCUCCCCUGGUCAGCAUCCACAGUAGCACACCGAUGGAGCUUGUUUGUGUGGACUUUUUGACCCUGGAGAAAUCCAAAGGUGGUAUUGAAAAUGUGCUAAUUGUGACAGACCACUUCUCCCGCUAUGCACAAGCCUACCCCACCAAAGAUCAAAAAGCACGCACAGUUGCUAAGGUGCUAUGGAGAAACUAUUUCUGCAGGUUUGGCUUCCCAGCAAAAUUGCAUGCAGACCAAGGGCGCAAUUUUGAAAGUGCUGUUGUGAAAGAGCUGUGCAAGUGUACUGGCAUCACUAAGACACACACCACACCAUACCACCCCCAGGGUAACGGGACCACGGAAAGGUUCAAUAGGACCCUGUUAAACAUGCUGGGGACGUUAGAGCCUCACUUGAAGCCCCGCUGGCAUGAGCAUUUGGAUGCUAUGACACAUGCAUACAACUGCACACGGCAUGACUCGACUGGGUUUACACCACAUUACCUGAUGUUCGGUAGACAUCCCAGACUCCCAGUUGACCUGAUUUUUGGGCUCCCCACCAAGAAUGAGCCAGUUGAGCAGGGCGGAGGAGCAGUGGGAGAGGAGGCUUUGGAUGUGAGAGAGGCCGGCACUGAGUCGGAUACAGCUGAGGACUGGAUGACGGAGGAUGCAGAGGAAAAUGUGGGGAGAACACGAGCUGGGAGAACAAACAGACAGGAUGAGCACACAAGCACAGAGAACAUGGACAUGGAUGCAGGACAAAUGAGUGGAGGGGAGACAAGUGGAGCUGUAGUUGGUGACAACACCCCUCAGGGUCCCAGUUUCCCUAGGAGAAACCCACCAAGGAAUCGACGUCUCCCACAGAAACUAAGCUGUGAGGCCCAAGUCAUAAAGUCAGAGGGUGACCAGGAGAAGAUCAGAAGAGGAUGGAAGUUGUGGCAGAGGGUUAAAGCAAGACGAGCAGCAGGCCACGUGUAACACAGCAGUUGUAGUACUGAGUAUCUGAGUGGUAGUUACAUACGCAGUCAUGACACAACCCAAUCAUUUAUUCACCACACAUGUAUUACCUCUAAUGAAUUUUUCAUUGUUUGAGCGCCACACGUUAAGUGGGUGGUCUUUGUUCUGUUUAUAUUUACAUGUUUGGUUUCAUCUGAUGGCUGGGACGCCAUCAAUUAAAGAAGGGGCGGAUGUAAGGUAGUGACCUGUUUGCGCCACAGGGUGGCACUGUGGCGCUGUUGACGCAAGUUUCUGAGGUUUGCUCCGGGAGGGACGCCAUGUUUUUUUUGAGUGUAUCUGCCUGU